CGAGAAAGUUUUUUGGGUUAUGCCAGCCCCACCAGAGAUCACCUCCAUCUCCAAAAUAUAUAAUAUACCAAGUUAAAGUCUUCAAUGGCAGCUAUCAUGAAGUUUUUCAUAGUCAUUCUUUUCUUGUUCGGUCUUUUUUCCGGAGGGAAUUGUAGUCAAUUGCCAUGCAGUCUCAGUAAUAUAAAGGUUAGUCAAUCGAAAACAGGAAAAAUGGUGCAAGACAAGCCAGAAUGGAAGGUUACGAUCAAGAAUGAUUGCGACUGUUCACAAAAGUUGGUUACGUUGGAGUGCACAGGAUUUGAAACAGUGGAGCCUGUUGACCCUUCGAUCAUGAGUUUUAGUGGUUCUGUUUGUCUUCUCAUAAACGGUCAACCAUUCCUCAAUAGCGAUCCAAUCUCUUUCAACUAUGCUUGGGAUGCCGAUGUUACAUCUUUCAACCCAAUUUCCUCUGUGAUUAAUUGUCCUUAAUCUUUUAAUUACAUUUUCAAAUUUUCAACUAAAUCUCGUAUCCACAUAUUUGUAUUAAUAAAAGAUAUAUAUAUAUAUAUAUAUUUUUAUAAGUA